GCAGCAGGACGGAGCAGCCAUGGAGAGAAAGUGCAGCCCAGGGAUCCUCGGGGCCACUGUCCUGCUCUUGUCCCUGCUCGGCCCAGGUGCCUCGGCUCUUCAGUGCUACAGCUGCAUCCAGAAAGCCGACGGAGGAUGUUCCCUAGAGAAGAUGAAGGUGGUUACCUGCCCUGCACACCUGGGGGUCUGCACAGAGGCUGUGGGGGCUGUGGAGACCAUCCACGGGCAGUUCUCGCUGGCCAUCCGCGGCUGUGGCUCAGGACUCUCGGGAAAGAAUGACCGGGGGCUGGACCUGCACGGGAUCCUGGCCUUCCACCAGCUGCAUCAGUGCGACAAGGACAAGUGCAACAACCAGCUCAACCUGACCUCCCACCGCCUGAACCCCAGCGGGAACGAGAGCGCCCACGAGCCCAACGGAGUGGAGUGCUACAGCUGCGUGGGGCUGAGCCGGGAGGCCUGCGCGGGCUCUAAGCCCCCCCUGGCCCAGUGCUACAACGCGGGGGACCGGCUGCACAAGGGCUGCUUUGACGGGAACGUCACCCUGACCGCAGCCAACGUGACGGUGUCCUUGCCGGUGCGCGGCUGCGUGCAGGACGAGGGCUGCACCCGAGACGGGGUGACGGGCCCCGGCUUCUCCCUCAGCGGCUCCUGCUGCGAGGGCUCGCGCUGCAACGCCGACCUCCGCAACAAGACCUACUUCGCUCCGGGCAUCCCCCCCCUGGUGGUGCUGCCCCCGCCCACCACCGCCCGCCCCAAUUCCACGGCCACGAAGCCCUCGGCGCCCAGCCCCGCUGCCACGGCUCCCCCGGCCCCCUCCGCGCGCCGGCCCCCCGCCCCCACCCCGCGGGCCCCCGCCCCCCGCUCCGAGGCCCCCGCCCCCGCCCCCCGCUCCGAGGCCCCCGCGGAGACUCCCCGCGAGGAGGGCGGGGCCGGCAGGGGGGCCGUGGGCCACAGCGACCGAAGCAACGCGGGGCAGCUCCCCCCCAAGGGCGGCUCCCCGCGCCCCCUGGCCCUGCCGCUGGCGGCGCUCCUGGCGGCCGCGGCCGCUACCGCGCUCCCGUGAUCCCCCGGGACACGCCCCCGAACCCAGACUCCCUCUGCCCGGGGCUGGGCCGGUCCCGCCCCAAGCCAGCCUCUCCCCGCCCCGCCCGCCAGGCGAGCAGGUCUCCUGGAAAAUAAAACCACCGCCUAUUUA